AUGACUCGAGCACUUGACGUAUUAUUGCUACUAUGGAGCUUUAUACAUUCUAUAUAUGCGGUGUCUAAUGCAGAUCUAAACGUUCAAUUGCCGUUUCCCGUCUUGUCGCAUCCAUUGCAUUUAUCUUCGAGUCUUUUUGCAGCCUCGGAACGACUGCCACCAGACGUUCAUGUGACAAACUCAUCGUCGUCGUUAUUGAGCCCAAAGCUAUUGUCAGACAUACCAUUUCCUACUGGUGCUUGGUGGACUAAUCUCGUCUUAGCUGAAGGCCAAUCAGCCGUUGCAUCCAUGCCGUAUCUCUAUAAGAUUAUUAAUGAAAAGCUACACGUCAGUUUUCCAUUCCGUGUUGUCUCACCAAAGGACAUUGUCGAAGGAUUUCUCUCUCAAAUGGUCAUAAGUUCGCAAGCAACGCAGCUAUCGACGUAUCCAGUGGCACAUCACGUUGUCAACUUUGACGCUUUCAGCACGACGGUGCGUUUUAGUAGAAACGAAAUUGAGGAAUUUCGUGUAUAUCUUGUACGAGGAUCACCAUACAUUACGAUGGAGUACACUCGUAGUCGACCUGUGGUGGAAGCCAUGGAUGGGCUGCAAAUUAUACGUUUUAAGAAGCUGCAAGGACUGACGCUGAUGAACGGACAUGACGUGCCAUUUGCUACAUUUGCGGUGGAGAUUAAUAAUGGACAGACGUGGUACUUGUACGCGUCUGACAAGACAUUAGAACUCGAGCUGAAUACUGAGGGACAAGUAACAAGCCAUACGGAGUUUACGGGCGUACUAAGAUUGGCUUUGUGUCUCGAUGCCAAGGUUAUGCCGUUUUUGCUCGAGUCAGCGUCUGUGUAUGCUGUUGGAGGUGAUGUCGCACACUCGGUGGAUUAUAGUGACUCGAAUGCAGCUUAUCUUGAGUUCCAGUGGAAAACAAAAAGCUUUUCAGCUUUUCACGGCCAGACGGAGAAGGUUGCAGACGAGGAAAAUAACAAUUUGUUAAUGCUGACGCUGCCACAUCACGUGGAUGUGAUGCAAAUGCAGCAAGACAGUACGACAUUAAAGAAGGGGACGAACCGGGUCUUACCAGCUCUAAAAUACACCAGUAUCCGUGGACUAAUGGAAGGUAUCUUUGGUUCUGUGUGGUACAUGAAGGAGACGUUGCCAGUAGUGGAGUGGCACUUCGCCGAUGACGGACUAUUUAGUGAUGACUUCAGCAGCACUUUGGAUGCCAAAGGCGAUUUUCAUGCCGACAGCAAGAAGCUUCGGAUGGACAUGCGCGAGAAAGCUAAACAGGCUAUUAUACAAGAGCUUACUAUCGAUGCUGACAAGUAUCUGUCUCCGCUAAGCCCCGAUUCUUACAACUUUGGCAAGCAAGUCAGUCGUGAUGCGCGCCUUCUUCUGAUUGCAGACAAGUUCAAGCAGGAGGAGGUGAAGCAGAAGCUGCUAACGAAGGUCGAGAUGGAAUUGGUUGAGUGGCUUGAGGCAUCAAAUGCCAACCAUUUCAUUUAUGACCAGACUUUUGGUGGCGUAAUCACAAAUGAUGGCUGGCAUAGCCAGGAGGCUGAUUAUGGCAACGGGUACUACAACGACCAUCACUUUCAUUACGGAUACUUCAUCUAUGCCCUUGCUGCAAUUCGGAAGUUUGACCCAGACUUCAUUACGAAACAUGCACAGGCUUGUGCGUUGCUUAUCGGUGAUAUAGGAACGCCACUGCCAAACAGUCAUACGUCAUUUUAUGGCGAUCUACCGGUGCAAUCACUCUUCCCUGCUGCUCGCCACAAAGAUUGGUUUAUGGGUCACUCAUACGCGAGUGGACUUUUCCCAAUGGAAGUUGGCAAGUCCCAGGAAAGCAGCAGUGAAGGUCUUAAUGGCUACUACUCGCUCGCGCUUUUUUCUUCUCUCGACGAAAAGUUUUCUGAAGGACACGGAGAUAGCUCUUACCAUCAGUACGCGCGACUCCUGCUUGCGACAGAACUGCGCUCAGUAAAGAAGUAUUGGCAUAUGUUAAAGAACUCAAAAAUCUACGAGCCUGUAUUCUCGAAAAAUGCUAUGAUUGGAGUCGUGGGUGAGCUGAGUGUUGUAUACAACACGUGGUUUGGUGACAACGCUGUUUACAUUCAUGGCAUCAAUAUGCUCCCAUUCACACCUUUUACAACGCAACUGCUGGAUGAGCAAUUUGUUGCCCGCGAGUACGCACUGCUGAGUCAAAAUCUACCAGAUCUAAGUCAGUACGACGUCUGGCGGUCUAUUGUUGUAAUGGACCACGCAAUUUUAGACGCAGCAGAGGCUUGGGACGAACUUAACAACACCGUCAAGGUAUUCGACACGUGGUCUUCGCGGACCAACGCUAUGUACUGGAUUGCCACUCGCCCAUCGUGGUUUGAACAGAAAAAUCGUCUGGCGCUGAGUGAUCCACAUUUGGGUGCUGAUGACAAGUGUUUUGGAUUCCCAGCAUGCGCGUCAGCAGGAGCAAAUGGUACGGCACUGAUGUGCUGUAAUACAUUACCAGGCUGCUGCCCCAGUGUACUCGGUUGCUGUCCACAAGAAGACCCCGCUCUAUUGCCGAGCAAUGCCUGUUUUGGCGAGCAUGAAUGUGCUGUGCUAGGAUUAGGCUGCUGUAACUCUAUCGAUGGUUGUUGUGAGCCCAACCCCAUGUCCGGCGACGUGUUAGGCUGCUGUAAGACCCGACACCCAGUGGUGAGCACCACGACCCGCAAGGUGGCUGAGAAAUUAAAGGACCCAACACACUGCUAUGGUGAACCUGCGUGUGAAGCAGCCCAGCUCGACUGCUGUGGCGCACCUGGAGGAUGCUGCUCUGGUUCUGAAGUUAAGUUAGGUUGCUGCUCACGAAAACAGCCUUCAACAGCCGCCUCCAAUAAUACGAACGCAUUUUGCCAGGGUCAACCAAAGUGUGGUGCUGCUGGAUUGGACUGCUGUGGGUGGGAUGAAGGUUGCUGCAAGCCCGAUCCUGUGACAGGUAAUAAACUGGACUGUUGCCAAGAAGAGGCAGCCGACGCGGGUUCAACCAAAAUCAUGCCUAUUCGCAGUGGCGAAAGGCCCGAUGAGGAAGACUGUGAUCCCGACGAGAGCGCCGGCAAGACUAAUGCUGGCAUAACCCGCAUCUUGAUUGGGUUAGGAGGAGCAAUUGUGCUUGUCGGGAUUGUGUACGCUGUGGGCCUGUGUUACCGACGCCGUGGCUACGCCAGCAUCGACGGCGACAUGCGUGCGCUUUACUGCGCUGGACUAAUGGUCGGUGUUAUUGCCUUCUUCAUCUUUCUUACCGUUACGUCUUAG